AUGAGUUUCCCAAACCCACCCAAAGCCAUCAAAUUAGUGUUAUUAGGAGAAGCAGCUGUCGGGAAAAGUUCCUUGGUAUUAAGAUUUGUCUCCAAUGACUUCCAAGAGAACAAAGAACCAACAAUUGGUGCAGCAUUCUUAACUCAAAAAUGUACAAUAGGAGAUAAAACCAUCAAAUAUGAAAUAUGGGAUACUGCUGGACAAGAAAGGUUUGCAUCAUUAGCACCAAUGUAUUAUAGAAAUGCCCAAGCUGCAUUGGUUGUUUAUGAUAUCACCAAGCCUGCAUCGUUUUUAAAAGCUAGACACUGGGUUAAAGAAUUACAUGAACAAGCAUCAAAGGAUAUAAUAAUUGCAUUGGUUGGGAAUAAAUAUGAUUUAGUUGAAGAUUCUAAUGAUGAAUUAAGAAAAGUAUCUGUUGAAGAAGGGAAGAAGUUGGCCGAAGAAGAAGAUUUAUUAUUUUUUGAAACUUCAGCAAAGACUUCGUUUAAUGUUAACGAAGUAUUUAUUGGUAUUGGAUCAAAGAUUCCAGAUAAUUCUCCUGUGACUGAAACUAGACCAGAAAAUGGUGCUAGAAUUGAUUUAUCAAGUCAACCAGCACAAAAAUCAAACAGUUCAUGUUGUUAA